AUGUCCCUUUCCGCCAUCGUAAAAGGGUGCGAAGAUGGUGAGCUCGCCGUCCGUCAUUUCGACAGCAAUACCAUAUCCGGCCUCCACCCCCAUCUGGGAUUUUCAUCCAUCUCCGUUCAGAGCACUCGAGGCAAGGACGCCGGGAGGAAUGCCUCUUUGCACAACUCCCGCAAACAGGGUCUCGAUGGUGGCGCGAUAACGGCUUUGGUUCCUAGCAUAUAUCGACAUGUGCUCGGAGGAUGGUGGGGCUGGAAAGCUGUCCCCCACCCUUCUAAUUGGAUAUCCGUUACCACCGAUCCCCUCUUCGCUCUUUUCAAAGCAGCCAAGAGACUGGGGCAGGGACGCGAGUCGCGAGUGUUCAUAUCUAUCAUCAGUAUGCCUGGUAAAGAUGAGAAGGUAUUAGUUGUGGAUCCAAGAAAAGAGGCAGAAAAGUCUCACUCCCAUACCGUGGGGUUUCAUCUUUCCUUCGGGGAGAUUGUUCGUGCCGAGAACUUCAUGAGGACAUCUUCUGAGAAGUUGUUCUACAAGAGCAUUCCAAAAUCUUACCUUGUGGAAACUGUGGAGAUUACGCAUGAUUCCAUACCAUGGGAUGAUAUUCCUCUUGGCUGGUUCCAGGGCGGCGUCACCAAUGAACCAUUUUCCUCAGUCCGCCGGAACUGGCUAGACUGGCUUUCUUUCGACCCUGACAACAAGCUGGUGCAGUACCGUGACGCACAAGAAACUAUUCGGGGUGAAAGGAAGGAGGUCGAGACGUUGAUUAGGCAAGCGAGAGAGAGGGAAGAAGCUGAGGACGAGGACCUAAUAGAAGAAGAUGAGGAGAAGGAGGAGACUCUAGACUGGCUUUUGCUGGGAGUUGAGGAGCUAGACUACUACUUGUACGAAAAAGACGAGAAGGAAGCCAAGAGAGAAGAGUGGAAUGAAUUGGAGAAGGCUUUACACGCUAUGGGCAUAUAG